AUGGCAUACUCCUCACGACCAACUUCAAUGCUUCCAGGUGCUGGCUCAUCUAUCCGCUCCAGUUCACAAUCGCAUCAAUCUUCGGCGCUAUCGGCCCGCAUUGCAGCUAAAAAGGCCGAGCUAGAGAAUUUGCGACAACUACGUGAUCUCAGUGGAACCUUGGCGAUUCAGAUGCAAGCUUUGGAUAACAAGAUCUCAACUCUGAAAGAUGGCACCGAAGGCAAAGCAGGCGGACUUUACGAACCUCAGUCGGAUAGUAAGAAUGUGGCGAACCCGCGUAAUCUCCCAUCCACGCUGGUUCGCAUUCCAGCUGAGCCACAUGAGAAAACUGGCGAGUGA